AAUGGAACCUAAUUAUCUGAGAUUAUGAUUUUUUAUAUGAUUGCCUGCCUAAUAUAGUCUAAUUUUUGCUCGCAAGUGGGCGAAGGUCCUUUUCAUCUCUGUUCAUCUUACAAUUAAAUUGCGCUACCGAUUCUGUUUACUUUACUCGAAGUGAAAUUAUUCAAUGAAUUCAGAUAAUGCCGAAGAAACUGAAACCUCGAACUGACUUCGAGAAGACGAAAACAAUUUCGGCAUUCUACUCAGGAGGAAAAGUGGGACUUCUUGACAAUUCAAGGUUUCUAGUAUGUCCAUAUAAGGACAGUCUGAAUAUCAUUGACACGCAAUCGGGAAUGAAAGUUGCGUGUGCUAAACUGGAUGAUGACGAUGAAAUCUCUUCUUUUUGUUUCACGGACUGUGUUCUCGUUACAAUUUCGAAAAGUAUGUUGGUGAAAAAAUGGUCAUUGAAAGAAGUCAUUGACAUUGGCGAUGAAAAAGAUGGAUCAGAAGAAAUUAAAUUGGACUGUGAGCGAACUUGGAAGGCGGUUCACAAAUCACCGGUGACAUCUUGCGAAAUUGACUCUUCAGGGACACUUCUGGCCACCGGAAGUGCCGAUUGGACGACCAAAAUAUACGACCUCUCUCGUCAAUACCACACACAUAAUAUCAAAAACAGUGGGAUUAUACGCGUGAUUAAAUUCUGGGUCUAUGGAGGAGUUUAUUUAGUAGUUACAGCGGAUGAUAAUGGUCAGAUUCAGAUAACUCAUUUACAGACAAAGAGGUGCGUCUUCAGCGUGAAUGCUCACUUCGGGGCAGUUUUAGACUUGAAAUUUGACUCCCAACAUAACUGGUUUGUGAGUAUAGGACGCGACUGCUUGGCUUUUGUGUGGACCCCGGGCAAGUUAGACGACGGAUUCAGGACCACGGAGUUGCAAAUGGAUCAAAGUUCUUUCACGUUGAACGAAGUAGCAGAAGCAGUGAUCAUGCCAAAUAUCAAACAGGUGGGUCAUCUUCCGAUAGACGUUGAAUCUAACUCGAAAAUUUUCAUAACAGCUGGAGCCAGAGGUGUUUUCAAAGUGUGGGAUUCUACUGGACGAUGCUUGCAAGCUUUCGGAAAGUUGUCAUCCCAAAAUACGGAAGACGAUUCCUCCUUGGCGCCAAUUUUUUCCAUGAAUCAAAAAGAUGGAACAUUUAUAGCGUCCUCAUAUACAAAUGAUCUCUUUCUUUAUAAGCUGGAAACGCUAAAAAUUGUUAAAAUGUUCUCGGGAGAUCCCGAGGAAAUCUCGUCGACUUGUUUUGUUGGAAAUGAUAAAGCCUUAUUGGCAGUUGCUUCGAAAAGCAAGUUUUUGAAGCUUCUUAAUAUUGAUACUUCUCAUGUUCAAAUAACAUGCGCGCAUACUGACGUCAUAAUAUCUGUUUGUUCGUCAACUGACGGAAAUUUUGUUGCAACGACUUCGAAAGACAAAACUGUCAAACUUUGGAUUUUCAACUCUGACAAACAAUCUCUAAAAUGUAUUGGCUCAAUGGUUGGGCAUACAAUGGAUGUUUUGGACGCCCAGUUUUUUGUAAAUGACAAUCAAAGUUUGUGUUCAGUGAGCGAAGAUCUGACUCUGAAGGUAUGGAAACUGAAAACUGAAGAUACCGAUCAAAUUAGAUCUCUGAAAUGUGCUUGGACCGUGAAAGCUCACGAUAAGCAAAUUAAUUGCUGCAAAGUAUCGCCUAAUAAUGAGUUGAUAGUUACAGGAUCUCACGAUAAGCUCAUAAAGGCUUGGUUUGUCAAAUCUCAGACGCUAUCGACCGUAUUGACGGGGCACAGAAAAGGAAUAUGGGCGAUCGAUUUUUCAAAACACGAACAAAUUGUGGUCUCAGCUUCAGGUGAUACGACUGUCAAGCUAUGGAACUUAGCCAACUCGACUUGUAUGGCCACGUUUGAGGGCCAUGAUUGUGCGGUCAUUCAAGUGUCGCUUUUCAACAAGAGUUCGCAGAUUGUAUCAUCGGCUACUAACGGUCUCGUGAAAGUGUGGGAUGUGAAAACAUCGGAGUGUAUUACGACUUUAGAUGGUCACAACGAUAAAGUAUGGUCGCUCUCAGUGAUGGAAAAGCAAUCCAGUUCAAACGAAGUUGAAACAAAAACUGAAAAGGCACCUGAAGAACUGGUGAUAGUUAGUGCGGGUGCAGAUGCUUCUAUCGUUUCCUGGAAAGACGUCACUUCCGAGAACAAAUUGAAAAAGUUCGAAGAGCAAAACGAAAUCUUGACUCAAAUGCAGGCCAUGGAGAAUCUUCUACUAGGAGAAAAUUAUCUGGAAGCGAUUAAAUUGGCCAUUAAAUUGAACCAGCCGUACAAAUUGCUGACUAUUUUGGAAAAGAUUCUCUCGAAAAAAGAAGUAGCAGCUAAGCUAUCUGCGAUCGUUUCAGAUCUACCGGAGGCCGAUUUGGUUCAACUGUUGAAAUUUUGUGUUAUUUGGAACUCCAAUUCAAAGAAUUGUCACAGUGCUCAAAUUUUGAUGGAAAUCGUGUUCAAAAGCUGGAGCCCGGAAUCUUUAAUUGAGUUGCCAGGCGUAGCGGAAGUGAUAGAGCAGCUGAUUUGCUACCAAGAGAGACACCUGGACCGACUGGAGAAGUUGCAGAGAGACGCAACCCUUCUCGACUUCACUUCUUUUUGCAUCAAGGAAACGGCUGAAACUUAAUUUGAACUCUAUUCCUUUUUAAAAUUUUGUUUUCAGUUUCAGUAAUUAAAUUGUCAACUUAAA